AUGUUCUACUUCCACUGCCCCCCGCAGCUCGAGGGCGCUGCCCCCUUCGGAGGUCACUCCGCCGGCGACUUCGACGACGGGUUCCUGCGAAGGAAGCAGCGCCGCAACCGCACCACCUUCACCUUGCAGCAGCUCGAGGCCCUGGAAGCCGUUUUUGCUCAAACCCACUAUCCCGAUGUGUUCACUCGGGAAGAGCUGGCUCUGAAAAUCAACCUCACGGAGGCCAGGGUGCAGGUGUGGUUCCAAAAUCGAAGGGCUAAAUGGAGAAAAACAGAGAGGGGUGCUUCUGACCAAGAGGGCUCUAAGGAAACCAUGGCUGAGGUGGCACCUCCUGCGAGGAAUUUAAAUUCCCCUUCUCCAACAGAUCAAACCAGGAAUAAAAAAGAGGGCCUGGAGAUCCAGCAGAGCCUGAGCCGAGCAGUGGGUCCUACAGGACCUUUCUUCCCUUCCUGCCUGCCGGGGACUCUUCUCAACACAGCCACCUAUGCACAAGCUUUAUCCCAUGUCGCCUCUCUAAAAGGGAGCCCGCUGUGCUCGUGCUGCGUUCCAGACCCCAUGGGCCUCUCCUUCCUGCCCACCUACGGCUGCCAAAGCAACCGCACGGCCAGCGUGGCCGCGCUGCGCAUGAAGGCGCGCGAGCACUCGGAGGCCGUGCUGCAGUCUGCCAACCUGCUGCCCGCCGCCAGCAGCAGCCCCACGCCUCCCGCCAAGCCCGGCCCCGAGGGCGGCCAGGACAAGCAGCCCCCUGCAGCCAAGGAGCACAUGGAAGGCGAGAAGAGCGUAUGA